UUCAGAAUUUACUAAGUAUUCCAGCGCGCUUUAUAUGCGUUUAGAGAUUAUCGUGAUUAUUAACGAAAUACUUGAAAUUAUUUGUGAAUUUAUUUGAGAAACUAUAUUUUACAGUUUGCUCAUAUGAAAUUAUUAUAAAAUUGUGAAAAGUGAAUUGAAUAUUGACUGGUGAUAAAAUUAUAGUUGCAAGUUGUCAUGGCGGAUUCAUUCUCGACCAAUAGGAUCGCUGGAAGCUUCGGUUGUUAGGUGUUCUUUUUCGCUUUGCAAUACGCGUCAGUUAUCUACUUAGUACAUACUCUAGCUAGAAAUAUGUGAUUGAGAUAUCGAGUAACUUGAAGAGGAUUAAACAUGUGAAUCAUGAACAAACCUUGUGGCUUGCAGUUGUGAAAUAAUAAACAAUAAUGAAUUUUGUGUUGAUCACGUGACGUAGCCAUAGUUAUAUGGCGAGAACAUCCUAACAGCGACCAUGAAUCGUUCCAAGUGAAAUUUGACAUUCGAGUUUGUAUACAAGUUUGUUUUUGUAAUCUACCACGUGUAUAUAUCCAAUAAUAAUUGACAGAUCAUUAAAAGUAUGUCAACAAGGGGUAUGAAGAAAAGGGGGCGGCCCCCUAAGGUGCAAGUAACAGAAAGACCCCGUAAAUUCCAGAUACAUUUGCUUAAAAAGCCGAAAUAUCUUUUAAAUUACAGUAAAGGAUCAGAAUCACAAGUUAGUACACCAAAUGCUUCUAGAGCUUCUUCCCCACAUGAAAGUGAAGCCAGUAGAAGAAGUAGUAAUCGAAUAAGGAGAAAAGAUGGAUUUCGUAGUAAAAAAGGUGGUUUCUCAGGUUCAGCAUACCAACGAAGAGGAUACAAUACUACAACAGAAUAUAAUGAUACAGAAUAUCAUUAUGGUUCUGAUUUUGGAGAUGAUUCUAGUGAUAAGAGUGAAAUUGAGGACGAAAUUGGUGUCAGUAAUAGUGAUUCAGAAGAAUCAGUUGGGGAUCCUUCAAGUGAUAGUGAUUUUUCCCUUAGCAGUUUUAGCACAACUGGUGGUACAACAAGAAGGACACUUUCAGGUGCCCCUAGACCACCUACUCCAGAACCUUUAUGGCUGCAAAACAGAGAAUUGCCACAGUUGGUUCUACCAAAAUCAUCGGAUGACCUGUUGAUACCUAAAGAUAAAAUUAUGACAGCGUUAAGUGUGUAUGAAGUUCUGAGGCAUUUCAGGAAUUUGGUCAGACUUUCUCCCUUCAGAUUUGAAGAUUUCUGUGCAGCCCUAGUAUGCGAGGAUCAGAGUAGUUUACUAUCAGAGAUUCAUAUAAUGCUGUUAAAAGCGUUGUUGAGAGAAGAGGAUUCACAACAGACACAUUUUGGACCUUUAGACCAAAAGGAUAGUGUGAAUGUAUCGUUGUUUUUGAUUGACUAUAUAACAUACCCGGAAGUAUUGCGGUCAUAUGUUGAAAGUGAUAAGUCUUUUGAUCAAACUGUUUUAAAUAUCUUGACUAAUACUGAUUAUCCAUACACUACCUUAGAUGAUAGAUUGAAGGUUCUUCAAUUCUUGACUGAUCAGUUUUUAACAACAAAUCCAGUCAGAGACGAUCUUCUGAGUGAAGUUCCCAUGCACUAUGACGACCAUUGCCGGGUCUGUCACAAACUGGGAGAUUUAUUAUGCUGUGAAACAUGUCCCGCAGUUUAUCAUCUUGAGUGUGUCGAUCCCCCACUGGUCAAUGUACCGGAGGAGGAUUGGCAAUGCGGCAUAUGCCGUUCACAUAAAGUGUCGGGGGUAGUAGACUGCGUUUUAGAUGCUGAAAGACAGGGUCAACUUUCACGUCAAGAGCCAUUCGGCUAUGAUAGACAUGGAAGAAAAUAUUACUUCUUAUGCAGGAGGGUAUUUGUUGAAAAUGAAGAUGGAGAAGUAUGGUAUUAUACAACUCCAACACAAUUUGAAGAAUUGACCAAAAUAUUGGAUUCGAAAGACAUGGAGGCAUCUUUAUGCAGGGAAUUGAACGAUUUCAAAGAUGAAAUCAUAAGGCAAAUGGAACUUACAGAAAAAUUAACGAACCAGUUCAAAGGAAAUAAGAAGACCUAUUUGGAGGCUGAAAAUGCAUUCAUCAUCAAGUCGAAUAAAGAGAAGGAAGAAAAACUGGAAGCCGAAAGGAAAGAAAAAGAACGUCAAAAUGCAGAGGAUAUGGUUGCCAAGAUGCACGAAGAGGUAUCAUCAUCAGAAGUAGUCAUCGAUACCACAGAAGCCCCCGUGCCCAUGGAACUGGAUUCUGUGGAAGGCUCAGUGCAAGAUAUACUGGAGGAUAAUCCCUCGACAAAAAAUUCCAGCGAAGAUGACAAAGACAUCGUUACAACGAGAUCCAAGACUGGCUCUCUGACGCCCAGAAUGUUCAAUAUCGAAGAGCUGAGGAGACGUAAUACGGCCAUAUUGAACAGGGACGACUCAGACGACCUUUCCAGAAUGACCAGACUCAAAUCGUCCCAGAUAGCCAACGGAACGUUUCUCUAUAAGUUGGGCAUGGAGAACACGUUCAGAACUUACGUGAAUCAGUUCACGACGAAUGUGAUAGCUUUGAAUAAGCCCCAGAGGAACGAGGAGAGGGACAAGAAACGUCAUCUAUCCCACAAGUUCUCCCUGACCACAGCUUCCGAAUUCAAAUGGAUGGGAGGCCUAAGCGGCAGCAAGACCGUUCUUACGACCACAUUGAAACAGACCAUACUCCAGCUGGAACAAGCCAUCCCCUCGAGCUUCAUGCACCCCAACUGGCAUAUGCUAAAAAAGCACUGGUUGGGUAUCAUCGGCAACUGCCAACGAGCCAGGGAUUUCGCCAAAGCCCUGAUCGUGCUCCAGGCCUGCAUAAAACCGGUGGUUUUUGCUAACGUGUGGCACGAACAGUUGGGUCACAUCAAGUUAUCCAGAGUGACCGCUCAGGAGAGGGAGGAACGGAAGAAGAUUGAAAAGAGGGAGAAGAAAGAGAGGGACGAGGAGGAAGAGAGAAACAGGUUGAUAGUGACAGGAUACAUCAAGUACACCAUGAGUUUCAAGCAUCAGUUGUGGAAGCAGAAGGGGGAAGAGUAUCGUAUUCACGGUAGAUGGGGGUGGUUGUGGAACUCAACGUGUAGAGUGCUGAGGCAUGUUAAUUGUAACGAGUUGGGACUGGCGGCGGGGCCUCAGAAAUAUGUGGUACGGUUGAAGGAUGCCACGGGUGCUGUUAAAGUUGUUAAUUUGAAGGCCAAUACAUACAAACAUCUCAUCGAGGGGCUUGAGAAGGCCAACGAUGGAACCGAACAGAAUCCAGAGCUGGAAGCACUCAGGAAUAUGUCGAUAGUCCCCCCACCCGAUAAGUUCGAGAGCAUCGACGUUUCCAAAGCCCUCAGUAGCGGCGCCCGAAUAAUUUACCCAAAGGUGGCGCAAAAAUCAAAAUUGGACAAUCUCCUGGCUCGGAGGGUACUCCUGAAAGAGAUCGAAGAGAAGAGGAUACUCCAGAACAAGAACGAAGAGAGCAUAAAGGACGAGGAGGCCAUGGAUAUCGAAGAAGACAAUGACGGCGUACAAGAGGGGGGUGUGGAUAAACAACUGACGAAUAUGAUGACUGGUAAAGUUGUCUUAAGCAGUAACGCGCCUUCAACUCCUGCUAACAAAGAAAUGUUGAAUAAUAUUGCGAAAAAGAUACACUCGUUGAGGAUGCAGUAUACCACGAUUUCCAAGUUGGCUAAAGAUUUCCAGUGCUAUUCGAAAGGUUGUAACUCGAGUGGUCCGAACAGUAUCGAAACAACAUGUUACUCUCCGCUUUGCAUACAGAGGAUCAGAGUAAGGAAGGAGUUGCUGUCUCUCCUCAAAAGAGCCAAUGUUGCGGCCAAUAAUUCCCCUAAUAAAUCCGCGAUACAAGGGACCCCUUUGAAAAAACAAUCGAUACUGGAGCAAACCCUGAAAACUCCAAAUCCAAGCGCCAUAAUCAAAAAAGAGGAACCGGUAACCAACGAGAAUUUACAGAAAGAUUUGAUGAUGUCCCUGACGCAAGGUAUUAAGUACGAUGAGGAUUGCAAAGAGAUCUAUACGCCGUACGUGGGACCGAAACAAGAGAUCAAACAGGAGGACGUCGAAAUGAAAGACGAAAAAGACGCGGAUGAGAACAAAGUCGAAUUUGAAGAUUUAGACAUCGAAUCUAUGCCGCCGCCGGAGAAGAAACUGAAAAUUCUGGAGCCUAGACAACCGGGGGAAGUAACGGAUAACGGGAAGAUCAGAACGCCAGACGCUUUCGCUGGAUAUUCGUCCAGAUUGUACCAGAACCGUCGUUUUUGCAAUCAGAGACCUCUGCAUAAGAGGGAGGAGACCAAGGUCAAGGCCGAGAAAGCGGAGGACGGUACUGAUAGGGUAUAUUCCGCUGUUGCCACGGCAGGGAAGAUUUACCUGAAGAAACCUCCGAACAACACCGAAGUCAAGAAGAAGAAGCGGCUGAAUAUUAAGUAUCCGGUGUGUUCGACGUUCCAAGCUCGAAACGGGGUGAAUUCCAUCCUGAUCUUGGCCAAGCACGAGGGUAGGAAGUUGGCCAGGAACGCCGGAAGGAUUUAUAUCAACGGUUUCAACGUGUUGGCCAAGCAGAAUCACUCGGUUUGGCCCUAUCCUUGCGCGAGGCCGCUCUUCAAGACUUGUUGGAUAUAUAGAACCGUCAAUUUGAAGUCGUUAUCGGCAGCCGCCCUUCAGUUGAAAAUCUUGUGGGUGUGUCUACGUUGGGAUGACAUGCAGACAAAACCUUCGACUACGGAUGGGAAACAUCAGAUAACCACCGAAACGGAAAUAUUGACCUUGGAACUGUUGAAACACAGGUACAUCGGUCAGUUCAUGGAGAAGACUCAGUAUCUGAGAAGGAAGGUGGUCAUUCCGUUGGAACUUCCUAAAACGGUCAGAGAGGUGACGUCGAUCAGGAGCGGAUUGAGGAAGAGGAAACGACCGGAAUCGCCACAGAGCACUAACCCACAGGUGACGGAGGAGUGGGUGGACGAGGAAAAGCUGGAACUUUGGGAAAUCAAGCUUUACGGCGAUAAGCUUGAAAAGGCUAACGCUCAGGUUAUAACCAGGAGCAGAACCGGCAACCUUCCGCCGGCCAGGACCAUCAUAGACCCCUCCGACAUCCCGAACAAGGUCAUCGUCGGCAAACCCACCGCCGAGGAGAUCAAGGAGAAGAUGGAGCAGCAGCUCAGGCUUCAGAGGGCCGCCCAUCAGCAGAAACGCGCCCAAGAGGGGAAGAAUCAGGCCGGCCACAUUCUCAAGAUGGUCGGAACGACACCAGCUGCCACUACUGCAACCACGUCUAUUAAAACCACUACUACAACUACUAGUAGUAACACCUCCAUUCAGUCCAAAGAUGGUCAGAUGAAGAUCGUGAAGAACAUCGUCUUGCCCAAUCAAUCCGUCAUCACCGGCAAGAACACCUUGACGUCCCUACUGACGUCGAACAGCAAACAGCUGGCGGGUAGAAGGAUUCUGAUGACAAAGGCGCCGGACGGUACCACGAGGAUGAUAACCAGUCCGAACGUCGGGCAGAAGGGUGUGCACAACAGCCAGCAGGGUCUGAUCAAGGUCCAGACCUCCAGCGGGCAGCAGAUCCAGACGGUUCAGAUUCAGCAACCCGCAUCACCCGUUAUUAAACAAGCCGAACAACCGCAAAAGGUUCAGAUCACGAGAACGUCAGAUGGUAAACUAACCGUCAAAGGGCUGCUACCCGGCCAGCAGCUGAUACAAUAUCCCGAUGGAAAGCUGCAGGUUAUAUCGGGUGGGGUAGUUCAACAACAGCAGCAACAGCAAGCAGCCAAGGCGCCAGGGACGCCGACCGUCGCCAAACAGAUCAUUAAACCAAAUGUGUCAACUCCCGUAGGUAAGGUGGUGGUGCAGGGUAAUCAGGUGAAGUUGCCCGUGCCGCCCAGUCCGAAGACGCCCCAACAGGUGUUCAUCAAGCAGCAGCUGACGCCGGCGCAGGUCGCGCCCAAGGUCCAGAACCAGGUGGUCGUCAGCGGCAAUCAGGUUAUACAGCAGCAGGUGGUGGUCAGCGGGAACCAGGUGAUCGGGACGCCGGUGGCUCAGCAACAGGUGGUGACGAACCAGAUCAUGAUCAACAACCAGAACCUCGCACAACAGUUGGCCACUGGAAAACUCCAAGUGGCCACGAUAAACGGUCAGCAGGUGUUGAUCAGACCUACCGGCAACAACCAGGCUCAGGUCGUCGCCCAAUUGAGCGUCUCCCAAGGAAACAUACAGAACGUCGUCACUUCCACCCCUACAGUCGCUAGUCAGGUUGCCGCGCCGAUCAAACAAGUCGUCCAGCAACAACCCCAAACGCCGACUCUGCCCCAGGUUGUUCAGCAGCAGCCCCAACCCCAAAUAACCCCCAGUAAGACGGCGGACAAUCACAUAGAUGCUGCAACGAUGGAGCAGCUUUUGGUUGGCCAACCGGCCGGCACGGUGAUCAAGUGCGUGACCGCCCAAGUGAUCCAGACGCAACAAGGUCCUCGGAUAGUCCUUCAGGGAUUACAAGGAUCCGAUUUCACGCAGUCGCAGUUAGCUGCCGUGCAACAACAAGUCAAGCAGCAGCUUUUGAAAGCACAAGCAUCCACGGGAAAACAGGGGGUACUCGGACCUACCAAGAUCUACCUGGCUGUCCAACCGAGCAACCCGGAGGGUCAGACCAAUUCCCAACCCCCGCCCUUGGCGCCCGUGCAGCAGAAUUCCUCUUUCGUUCAGCAACAGGUCCAGCAGAAGGUGACGGGUUCGCAGCCGCCCCCGUUGAGCCCCCAGAAGCCUCAGAGCAAUCAGCAUUUGCUGCAGCAACUCCAACAGCAGCCAAGCGAACAGCGACAGGUGAUCGUGAACGGUCAGCAGACCCAAACGCCCGCCCUCCUGCAAGCGGUCAGAGGUACCGCGCCCAUCAGUAGCGUAAACGCGACCGCCGCCGCCCAAGACCCGACCCAGGCAGCAACCAAUCAAACGGCGACGUCGGAAACGGGCGCCGCGACGACCCAAGAACAGAACAAACAGUUUAUCGUCACUCCCGAUUACAUCCAGCAAACUAUUAAGAGCGCCCUAAAACAAGAGAACCUGAAUCCAGAAAUCGAGGAGAAACUUCUUCAACUGCAAAGGUACCAGGAACGGCAGAUGAAACAGGAACCGGAGGUUCCUGUGCCGGUCCAGAGAGUCCAGCCGCCGUUGCCCAUCACUCCGACCGUCAAUCGGUUGCCAACGACCACGCGUAAAAGACCCCUGAGCGGUUCCAGGAACGACGACGUGGACUGGGUGAUGGAGACUCCCAAGAGGAGUCGAUCCAGGACCUCAGAACACAGGAAACUGGAGGAGCCAGAAUCCGUUAUUUCCAGAGUCGAACAUCCCAGGGAGAAGGCCAUCUCCCCCAGGACCCGCGUGAAACUGAAGGAAAACCUCCAGAGCGACGACAAAAAGACGAUGAAGCCCAAAAUAAUGGCUAGCCUCCAUCGACACAAGGAGAUCCUGAAAAAGGACAUACUGCGUAAACGGGCGCUGUUGGAGCGCGAGCUCCAGUGCGAGAUUCAGAAAGAGGUGGCGGACGAACUGGCCGCCAGAACCAAAUUGGAAAGGAGCAAACAGGACGAGGUCAGAACCGGCAGUAGCAAACGUAAGGCGGCGGCGCAACCGACCACCACCCUGGUCCAGCAGCCGACACCCAGAUCCGGCAGGGGUCACAACAAGCAAAAGGCGGUGGUGCAACAGGGCACCCAGCAGAGUAACCCGAAACAGCAGAAUCAACACGUGUCGCCCACGCCCAAUAUACCGACCCAGCCGAGGAGUAACAGUUCCUCCAAAAAGGAGAAGCUGUAUUGUCUCUGCCGAACGCCCUACGACGAGACCAAGUUUUAUGUCGGUUGCGAUCUGUGCAACAAUUGGUUCCACGGUGAUUGCGUUGGCAUAACCGAGGAAAGCAGCAAGACUUUGACGGAGUUUAUAUGUCAGGAAUGCAAACAGGCCAGCGACACCCAGAAGUUGUAUUGUUUGUGUCAGCAGCCCUACGAUAACUCGCAGUUCUACAUAUGUUGUGAUAGCUGUCAGGACUGGUUCCACGGUAGAUGCGUGGGUAUUCUGCAGUCGGAGGCCGACAACAUAGACGAAUACGUGUGUCCCAGAUGUCAGACGAAUUCAAUGGUUAAUUACGCCAAUAUGAAGGAUUUGACUCAGAAAGAUUACGACGGACUGAAGAAGUUGAUUAAACAAUUACAGAUGCAUAAAAGUGCUUGGCCGUUUAUGGAACCAGUAGAUCCUAAUGAGGCGCCUGAUUAUUACAAAGUCAUCAAAGAGCCUAUGGAUCUCCAAAGGGUUGAACAAAAAAUAAACGAUCACACUUAUACCAAAUUGAGCGAUUUCAUUGGAGACAUGACGAAGAUUUUCGAUAAUUGCCGAUAUUACAAUCCGAAGGAAUCCCCCUUCUACAAGUGCGCAGAGACCUUAGAGGCAUAUUUUGUAAAUAAAAUAAAAUGCUUUAGGGAUAAACUUUAUGAAACUAACAAAUAAGAGAAUAGUUUAUAACCAGUUGAAAAUACCUUUUAUAAUUUUAAUGUAAUAAAUGGUAGGCAGGAGUUUGGGCGGAUCUCGAUCUCAGUUCAAAAAUUAGUUAUCUUUUCAGAUAUUCCGUCCAUACUUCGGAAACUUGUAAAUAAUUAGUUGUGAAUAUUCAGCAUUGAUUUUGAUUUGUUAUCCUUUAAGUGCAGGUAUAUCAAAUAUUUAUCGUAUAUGCAUUAACCACUUUUGUAUUUAUGCAAUUUCAUUUAAGGAAUUUUCUUCAUCGAGAAUAGCUACAGCAGUGACACCUAAUGUAAUGUAUUAUAUGUAUUUAUAUUUAAUCACUUAGUUAGUGCCAUCUGUAGAUAAAUUUAUAAUUGAGAGAAUUGUGUUGAGUUGUUUUUUCUGGAUUUUCAUAGAUUGGAAAUUUUUAUAUUUGAUUGGUGAACAUCGAUCAUUUUAUUGAGAAAAUAAAAUAUUUACAUAGA